CUCGCCUUCCCCAGCAAAGAUGGAAGUCGUCAAUCAGCUUGUGGCCGUCGGGCAAUUCCGGAUCUUCAAAGAGCCUCUGGGCUUCGUCAAGUUGCUUGAAUGGUUCUUUUCCAUCUUUGCAUUUGCAACAUGUGGCAGCUACACUGGAGAAUUCCGCCUGAGCGUCGAAUGCGCCAACAAGAGCGAGAGUGACCUCUCUAUAGACGUAGAGUUCUCCUAUCCCUUCCGGCUUCACCAGGUGUAUUUUGAUGCUCCGGCUUGUAAAGGACAUGAGACAGAGAAGGUCUUCUUGGUCGGAGACUACUCCUCUUCCGCCGAGUUCUUUGUCACCAUUGCAGUCUUCGCCUUCCUCUACUCCCUGGCUGCAAUCGUCAUCUAUGUCUUCAUGCAGGACAAGUACAGAGAGAACAACAAGGGCCCCAUGAUCGAUUUCGUUGUCACGGCUGUAUUUACCUUUAUGUGGCUGGUGAGCUCCUGCGCUUGGGCCAAGGGGCUAUCGGAUGUCAAGAUGGCCACCGAUCCCGACGAGGUGAUUGAAGGAAUGAAGGUGUGUGAAGAUAAAGCCAACACAUGCAAGGAGAUCCGGGAGCCAGUCACCUCUGGACUCAACACGUCUGUGGUUUUUGGCUUCCUGAACCUGGUGCUUUGGCUGGGGAACAUGUGGUUCGUCUUUAAAGAGACUGGCUGGACCACUCCCUUCAUGAAGUACCCACCUGCCCAGGAGAAGCAGCCAGCACCGGACACCUACGGCGAUGCUUACAACCAAGCCCCGGGCUAUGGACAGCAGGACACCUAUGGGCAACAGGGUGGCUACCAGCCCGAUUACAACCAACAAGGCUAUGGUCAGCAGGGAGACUAUGGCCAGCAGGGUGGUUAUGGCCAAGGCGGUCCCACUUCCUUCUCAAAUCAGAUGUAGGCGGGUCCCUACCCCCAGUAGGAGGCAUUACGAGGAGAAAGUCGCCAUCCUCUCCCUGCCCCCCAUGUCCCCUUGUGCAGGGGA